UGCUCAUGAUCACUAGCUAAGAGUCAUCAAUGAGUGGGAUCUAGGCGACACAAAUGCCUCACUCGGAGUAUAAUUUGGACAAGUAGGAUAAGUUGAUUCAUUGACUUUGCCGUACGGACUUCGGUCCGCGCUUCUCUGACCGCCAGUGUAUAGACUGAAACAGCCGAGUCGGAGAGCACAAUUCGAACGUCGUGGCUUGUCUCGCAUUGCCGAACUGCACGGAAAACACUAAUGCAAGAUGAUAUGCCGUGAUUGGCGGCAUGUGGUCAGCCCAUUAUUGAGGGACACAACUUCUCCUCACCUUUUUUUCUGCCAGCCGAUCUUCAUCGGCGAUGAGACCGUCUUGUUUCGGGAAACAAACUCGGAGCGAAGACCGAUAUCUCCGAAGAAUUUCAAUCCCGCAUUUUCUGGCUUACGAAUAAGCAAGCGCCUUGAAGGUCUCGAAUUAAGCAUCCUUCUUAUUGCUGUUAAUAGUUUUUGGUGGGUCAGUUCAGCGUGCAGUAAGCCCUGCUAUCGCUAUGUUCUCUGUCGCCAGUUACACUGUUCGUUCUAGGAGGAUCGGGCUCAAGAUGGACGGACCGUUCCUUGACCUGUCAAGCCUGGACAAU